AAGCUAAGUGUAUAUACGUGACUUUAACUUAAAUUCCCCGUGUACUAUAAAUGUAUGAUACAAAAGUUCGCAAAUAAUAAUAAUCCAUCAUAUACAAAACAGUAAAUUCUCAUUAAUUCAUUAUAUCAUACAUAAAAAAAAAAAAAGGCAGGAAAAUGAAAACAUACGUUACGGUUGCUGGAAUAGUGUUGCUCAUGUCAAUGACAUUUAUGCCCUCAUCGGCGCAACAAAAUUCACCGUUUUGCUGGAACAGGAUCGAGACUUGUCACCGUGGUGCUGAAACACCGGCGGAAUUUCAGCAAGUGUGUUGUCCGGUCGUUGCACAAAUAGUAACCAAUGAGAUGCCUUGUUUUUGCAGCAUCAAGUCUAAUGUAAAUGCUACUGAAGUUAAUGGUAUCUCUGUGCUUCUCACUAUGUGCAAUAUCAACGCUUCUUUCGAUACAAUUUGCCCCGGUGGUAACUCCGGUACCCCGGGAAGUCCAUCAAUUCCACCCCCGGGAACUCCAUCUAUUCCACCUCUGUCUCCAACUCCCACCCUUUCUGCUCCACCUCCAGGUCCUAAUUCAACUCCUAGCUUAACUCCAUCGGCCCAGACACCAGGUCCUAAUUCAAACCCAAGUGUAACUCCUUCAGCCCCUACACCAGGUGAUGCAGGAACCCUUGCGCCAACUCCAAUGAUGCCACCUCAAGGUGAAGGGCCAAGCAUAGCUCCAAGUACUCCAACUCUAAUUAACCCACCUCUAGGUUCUGCAGAAAGCCCUACUGCUUUGAGUCCUACAACUGAUGGAAAUACCACAGAAACGCCAACUAGUGCUGCUAACAAGAUUGCGAUGGCUGGAUCACUUUCUGGCCUACUUGUUCUCAUGACUUAUGUCCUGUUUUAGAAGAUGAUCGAUCUGAGUUUCUUUUAAUAUUUAGAAUAAGAUACGGAGUACUUCGUAAUGUAUGUAUACAGGAGAUUCUUUUGGAUUUCCCAAAUAGAGUACUAUCACAUCAUUUUUCUUUAUUGCUAUUUUUCAAUGAGUAUUUUAUUUUAUACAAAUGCUUUUUAAGAUCGAUCUAUUAACACGUAUGUAGUUUUAUUUUAUUUUUAUUUAUUCGGUGCGAAUAAGGUACAAGGUUAUUAUAAA